AUGUGCAUCGCGGUAUUUUCCACCGCUCACCCGGAGUACCCCUUUAUCCUCAUCAGCAACCGCGAUGAGUACCUCGGCCGCCCGACCCACGUUGCCAGCUGGUGGUCAUCUCCUAACGAGCAUGUCCUCGGAGGCUGGGAUCUCCACCGCGCGGCCCAUGGUACCUGGCUCGGCGUCACGCGUCAAGGGCGUAUCGCUGUGCUCACAAACUUCCGCGAAGAAGACCAGGCCAUCGUUGAGGGCAAGAAGAGCCGUGGCGCGAUUGUCAACUCGUUCCUGCUUUCGCCACCUGACUCCGAUGAAAGCACGGAGGAGUUUGCGAAGAGGCUUGUGGAAGAGGACGGUGUGCAGGGUGUUGGCGGGUUCUCGUUGCUCUUUGGGAAGCUGCAAGAUGUCAUCCGUAGAGGGGGAGAGGGAAACGAGCCGACCAAGAAGAAAGGCCUGGCUAUUGUUUCGAACAGGACCCCUGAUGUCGAAGGCCUUAUCUGGGUUUGCGGCGAGCGGGACGAGACUCAUGCCCUAAGCAAUUCAUGGUACGGAGAUCGCUCAUGGCCCAAGGUUGUGCAAGGGGAGGAAGAGCUCAAGUCCGCCAUCGACGAGAGUGUACAGAAAGGAGAAAGUCAAAAUGCAUUGAUCAAGAGACUGUUCCAUGUGUUGAGCAUCGACACGCUGCCCAAGAAGAAGCAUGGAGAAGAGUGGGAGACCUAUAUUCGGGAACUGAGAAACAGCAUCUUCAUUCCACCUGUUGGGGGCGAUGAAUUAAACGGGAAGAGUGCGGACGAGGUUGCUGCUGCCAAGAGCCAGCAACGGAUCGAGGUGACCAGCGGGAUCUACGGGACCCAGAAACAGACUGUUGUGCUUUGUGACAGCCAAGGAAAGGUGACUUAUGUUGAAAGAACACGGACCGACGAGGAAGGAGACCCGAUAGAGGUGGGAAAAGGAGACAGAAGAUUCGAUCUCCAGAUUGACCAAUGGCAAGAAAGAGUGGGAAAGUAA